AGUAUGUACAUUGGCUAUUUGGUCGGUAUACGAGAAUGUACACAUAUGAUUAGUAGGUGAUAAAGAAUGUCUUUGUACAGCCUUGUGAAUAUUCUUCUAAAGGAAAAUAGCUUUAAACUUUAGGCUGCCUUAUACUCUAGUGUUAUAGACGUGAUUGAUAUUCAUUUCCCUGCAGUAACAUUGUGGUAUGAAGUUUAAUAAAAGAACCUGUUUUCGAAAGGCCAAGACUAUGGUUACUUCGUAAAGGGUACCGAGUCAAAUUAGGUAUCGAAUUAAACAGCGACACCAGAAUAAUUGAAUGUAGAAUCAACAAUACAUUUAUGUAAAUUACAAAAGGAUACAUGACAACAUAGGUCUUGAGUCAAUUUCUUAAAUUUACAGAAGUUUUUCUGGGUGUUUAAAAGUGUAUUGUCAUAGCUGGAAAUACAAAUAAAGGGCCAAAGACAUUUAUAUUUAUAAAAUGUGGGUGAUAUUGAGGCGAAUUUUAAAGUUACGAAUUUUGUCAGGGAGUCCGAUAUUCACAGUAUUAUUAGGGUGUAUAAUAUUAUUACAGACACUUCUUAUACUACAACCAUGCAGUCAUAUUAAUACAGGCGUUGAUAUGUCUAUCAACAGUCGGGGUUUAAUGUCCAUGGAAGAUUCUAAAUCAGCUGCUCUGAAAGACUCAUCAUCAUAUAUGUGUUGUAGCUGUGAAUAUAGUAUGGUGGUUGAUAAAAAUAAAUCACUUGUAUUUAAAACACCACAACGUGAUAAAGCUUUCCUUACAAUCGGCGUACCAACAAUUAACAGAACUGGAGACACAUAUCUACUAAACACAAUAGAGUCACUGGUAUCCAGUAUGUCAGAAUCGGAGAAGAAAGAUGUCAUAAUCUUAAUUUUCUUAGCUGAUACUGAUCAAGCUGUUAAGAGUGUGUUAUCAACGGAAAUUAUGAAAAAAUUCCAAGAGCAUAUAGUUUCUGGUUUAAUCCAAUUAAUACAAGCCCCGGCGUCAUUUUAUCCUAACAACCACAUCAAAAGACUAACUUAUGGCCAAGGAAAGGAUUACGUACAAUGGCGCGCAAAGCAGAAUUACGAUUAUGCCUUUAUGUUUAAAUAUGCUAAGGAUCUCUCCACGUAUUAUAUGCAAAUAGAAGAUGAUGUUCACACAAGACCGGGAUAUAUUUCAUCUAUUAGCGAGUUCAUAAAAACUCAAGAUAAUUGGAUUUGUUUGGAGUUUUCCGAACUGGGAUUUAUUGGAAAGUUAUACAGGACGGAACACAUGGAAAGACUUGCCGUGUUAUUAAUGAUGUUUUAUACUGAACAACCAGUCGAUUAUACUUUUUUAUUUUUUAAUAAUUUAAUGACACAGUUCAGUCGAAUAAUAAAAAUACCCACGCUGUUCCAGCAUAUGGGAUUGCAUUCGUCUUUCCCAGGAAAACUCCAGCGAUUAAAAGACAAAUUUUUUGAUAACACAACCAAAUUAUUCAAAGGAGACAAUCCUCCUGCGGAUAUCUCCACGAGUUUGUCAACUUACUUGACUUUUAUCCCAAAACUUGCCUACGUCACAAGUGAAGGUUUUUUUUGGAGUCAUGGGGGUGCGAAAAACGGUGACACGUUUACUGUUAUUUUUCAAAGUCCCCAGCGAUUAAAACGAGUUGUGGUGAUGAGCGGUACUUCGUCUCAUCCAGAUGACAGAAUUUAUGAAGGGAAUUUAGUAGCAAGUUUGACUCUUGCAAAAAGUGAAGAUGGUGGCCAAAUGUGUACGAACGAUAUUGAAAUAGGAACAUUUGUGAAAGGCAACGUGGAUAACGCGAACUUAUUAGAGAAAAUAGCCUUUAAAGUAAUGUGUUUACGUAUAACAAUAACAAGGGACCAGAAUCCAUGGGUGAUUGUGAAGGAAAUCGCAGUGUUUAUCUAACAAAACGGGAAUUUCUUAGAACUAUAUUUUAUUAUGCACAAGGGACUAGAUUGCUACUUGCUAGUACCUUACCCAUUUGAAAAGAAUCCUUAUCUAUAAAUACCAUACUUCUGGUGGCCUGUAUUCUCCACCAUUUAGAAUACAAUCGAGAUAAGCUGCAUUGAAAAGCCAGACUGUCUGACUGAUGGUACCAAUACCGUUGCCCAUUACCCUGCCAUAUGACGGAGUUCGGCAACACGUCUGCCACUCCCUCCCAGCAAGUAUAAUGAAUCAAUUAUAAUCGAUUUUUUGUUGAAUCUGAAUGUCAGUAAGUUGGCUGUUAUCCCCAGGUUUUAUCCUAAUGAGCCCAACAGCUUGUUUGUCUUUAAGGCUGAGCGCACAUUGAUACAAAUACACACCAAAACAGAAAACAAACGCAUGUAGCUGUUUUUCUUACAUCAAUGCGUUAAAAUACAAUAAACAAUGGUUUAACUAAACAAGAUUGCAGUUGACCAAUCAUGUUGAACAACGCCAGUACCGUAUGCCAUUCAAAAUGACUACUCCCAUCGAAUUAUUUAAUUGAUAUAUGAGCCGAAGGCAGGGGCGGAUCCAGAGGGGGGGGGGGCUCUAGAUGCCCCCCACCCCCACCUCGGCUACAUAAAAUGUUUUGUAAAACAACCUUUUUUAUGACAAAAGUGUCAUAAUUGUGCUUUAUCCUUUAUCGUCAGAUGGUGCGACAGGAUGGGCACUCAAAGCGCGAGAUAUUGAUAUAGACAUAUAUGUGACAUCACAAUUAAUGCUUUGCAUGAAUAAAAUUGAAUCACAAUGUCAUCGUAUUAAUUCAUAAUAAAAAUUGACGUCAAA